CCACCUCCUGGGCACUCGGGUAUUCCCCAGUUUUAGCUGGAAACGCUUCACUGGAGCCUGGACCGGGCCACGGCGAUAAGCGAUUGCGUCGAUUGCGUGACUUUGGUGUUUGCCAUGUCAUGUCCAGUGUUGGUCACGUCUUAGUACGUGACGAACAAUAAUGGCGGACAAUCAUAGUGCAAGAAAGAACUGGCGAUGCACGUUAGAGAGAGCAGAGAAAUUUAUAUCUCCUCAAUUUUUCGCGGAUGUUAACUUGCUCAGCAGGUUAUAUCCCAAGAAACUCUCAUUGAGUUCUCUUACUCACUAUGCAGCUCCUGGCAGAGUCACAUACAAUGAAGCAGUGAGUGGAAAGUUUGCUGAGGCUCAAGUGGGAAACAUCUAUGGUCCUACGUGGUCUACACAUUGGUUUCAACUUGUUAUGGACAUUCCAGAGGGGUGGAGAGGAGAAGAAGUACACUUAAGGUGGAAUUCUGGAUCUGAGGCCAUGGUAUGGCAAGAAGGAAAACCCAGGCAGGGUUUAACUGGUGGAGAUGGACAUCAACAAAGAACUGACUAUGUGAUCUCGACCAAAGCAACUCCUGGAAGGUAUGAGGAGAACAACUACAGCAUACAGUUCCUAUCAGAUAUAAUUAUUGCCAAAGUUUUCCGCAUUUUGGUCGCGCCUCAAUUUCUGCGCGCCCAUAAUGCGGGAACGCUUGUUAAGCAGACGAACGUUCUUGUUUCAUACUCUUUUCUCGCUCUACAGUUACAUGUACGCCUCUUUUGUUAUCGCUCUCGCAAUACAAAACUUUGUUUGUUAACUGCGUGUAUCUUAUUUUAUUACCAGAAUCUCUCGCAAGAAAAUCCGAGAGCUUUUGAAGCGCUUUAUACUGCAAAUGACAUUGUCAAUGCUUGUCAGGAUUUGUCAGACAGAACAUCGCUCCAGAGAGCUCACGAGAUCGCCGCCAGAUUCCUCAAACAAACCAAUGGUGAAUCUCAGCACCAGGUACACGCGGUCGGUAACUGCCAUAUUGAUUGUGCCUGGCUGUGGCCCGUUGCCGAGACAGUGAGGAAAUGCGGUCGAAGUUUCGCCACAGCGGUUCGGCUGAUGGAAAAAUACCCGGACUUCAAAUUUGUUUGUUCGCAGGCGCAACAGCUUGAGUGGGUUAAAAUCCAUUACCCGGCCUUGUUUGAGGAGAUCAAAGUGUUUGCUGCAAGAGGGCAGUUCAUUCCUGUGGGUGGAACUUGGGUAGAAAUGGAUGGUAACAUUCCCAGUGGAGAGUCAUUCAUUCGUCAGUUUGUCGUUGGACAGAACUUUUAUCAAAAGGAAUUUGGACAAGUGUGCCAAGAGUUCUGGUUGCCAGACACGUUUGGUUACUCGGCCCAGCUCCCGCAGAUCAUUCGUGGAGUUGGAAUGAAGUAUUUCUUAACAAUGAAGUUGAGCUGGAGUCUCAUCAAUAAAUUUCCAUUUCACACUUUCUUUUGGGAGGGAAUUGAUGGAUCAAGGUGUCUCGCACACUUUCCUCCCGCUGACACGUACGAAUCUCGCGCAAAUGCUGCUGACGUAAUAAAGACAGUCAAACAAUUAAAAGAUAAAGGACGGGCCUAUGCUAGUAUGCUGUUGUACGGUCACGGAGACGGUGGAGGGGGGCCCUCAGAAGAUAUGCUUGAAAUGUUGAAGCGAAUGGAAGAUGUAGAUGGCUGUCCGAGGGUAAAACUGUCAAACCCUCAAGAGUUUUUCCGUUCCCUUGAGUCACGUGAUGGUGACAAGCUAUGCACGUGGGUUGGUGAGCUGUAUUUGGAGCUGCAUCAGGGAACAUAUACCACACAGGCGCAGAUAAAGCAAGGGAACCGCCAAAGUGAAUUUCUUCUGCAUGACGCUGAGUUCAUGUCGACUCUGGCUUUUGUAUUAGGAGACAGCAAUACAGCAUUUUAUCCAGCGGACGAAUUUCUAAGGAUCUGGAAACUUAUGCUUUUGAAUCAAUUUCAUGAUAUUUUACCAGGAAGCUGUAUUAAACAGGCUGCCGACGAUGCUUUGCAAAGUUACAAAGAGAUUCUUGAAAGUACCAGACGAAUAUUCAACGACACUUGCUCCAGGGUUAUAUCGCAGCUCAACGUUGGCGAGGAGGACCACGUGACCAAACCUGUCCUUAUAAACACGCUUUGUUGGCCAAGAAGUGAAGUAGUCGCUAUUCCUGAUAAACUGAGGGAAAGCUUAUCCACAGAGGAAAAGUCUUCAGCGAGUAAACAAAAAAGCUCAAAGGAAGGAAAAACGUUCGUACUGGUUUCAGUUCCGAGCAUGAGUAUUAGCAAUCUAGUGGAAAGUCCAAGUGAAAUCCACCCCGUGUCUGUAUCAUUUGACCAGUCACAGGGUUCUGUUGUGUUGGAGAAUGCCUUGGUCCGGGCUGAAUUAGUUCGAGGAGGCUUAGUGAGAAGUCUUGUGCACAAGGCCAGUGGGAGGGAAGCGAUCAGUCCUGGUUAUUCUGGAAACCAGUUCAUCUUGUUUGACGACAUUCCAUUGUUCUGGGAUGCUUGGGAUGUAAUGCCUUAUUACCUGGAAACAAGAAAACUGUUGCUUCCAACCUCAUCUGGAGAAUUCAAGAUCUUACACGAAGGUCCGUUAAGAGUCUCAGUUGAGUUUUCUUUGAGGAUCAGCGAGGAAAGUUCUCUUAGCCAAAUCGUAUCUUUGGAUGCUGGUGCCCCGUAUGUUAAAUUUUACACGAAGGUUGACUGGCACGAGAACCGGAAGUUCCUAAAGGUAGAAUUUCCAUUCGAUGUUCGUUCAAUGAACGCAACAUACGAGAUUCAGUUUGGUCACUUACAACGGCCCACACACUGCAACACUAGCUGGGACUGGGCAAAGUAUGAGGUUUGUGGUCACAAGUGGGCUGAUUUGUCCGAGCACGACUGGGGCGUAGCAUUAAUGACUGACUGCAAGUAUGGCUACUCCACUCACGCCAACGUCAUGUACAUCUCACUGCUCCGUUCGCCCAAAUCCCCGGAUGAGGAAGCUGAUAUGGGAUCACACGAAUUCUCUUACGCAGUUUAUCCACACUCAGGUACUUUCCAAAGUGCUGGGGUCAUUCAACAUGCCUACAACUUUAACCAGCCAAUUUGCGUUGUACCAGGCUCUGUUAAUGAAGGUUUUAAAGGAAGGUCCUUCUUCAGCGUGGAUAACCCAGCGGUCAUACUGGAAACAGUUAAAAAGGCGGAGACCAUACCAUCGGCAGCGGUGGUCCGACUUUAUGAGGCAUAUGGAGGUCACGCCCGUGCCAGGCUCUCGACAAGUCUCCCGAUCAAGAGAGUAAGAAAGUGUAAUCUUCUGGAGAUCCCAGAUGACGAUGAAGUAGUCACUUGUUCUGAUGGUCACGUGGAACUCAGUUUCCGCCCAUUCCAGAUAAGGACACUGUUGCUCUGCUUUGAAUAACAAGCUACCGGAGGAAUUCAGGAAAACUUGAUACGUGUAACGGCAGUGUUUCAGCCAGAAAAUUUUACUUGAGGGCCAAAGUGGCCCUUGAAGUUCUUUUUUAGGGGCCAAUUGU